AUGUCUCCCCAUUACCCAGUCCUCCCCCGCGAAGCAACCCUCGCCAACCUCCCAGCCGAGUAUCCAACUGACACACAAGACCAAAUCACCCAAAUCCUCUCAACUACCCCAAUAAACAAACUAGUAGUUCUCGACGACGACCCGACAGGAACCCAAACCUGUCACGACAUCUCAGUUCUGACAGUCUGGGACAUCGAAACGCUAACAAAAGAAUUCCAAAGCCCCAAACCAGGCUUCUUCAUUUUAACAAACUCACGCGCUCUCCCACCCAACGAGGCAGAAACCCUCAUCCGAACAAUUUGCACGAAUGUUAAUUCAGUCGUCAAAGCUACAAACCAAAAGGUCGAUAUCGUGCUGCGCGGCGAUAGUACUCUCCGAGGUCAUUUUCCACUGGAGACAGACGUAGCGCAGUCGAUCUUUGGGCCUGCCGAUGCACUCGUCCUAGCGCCGUUCUUUUUCCAGGGUGGGAGACACACCAUUGAUGAUGUGCACUAUGUUGCGGAGGGUGGAGAUCUUGUUCCGGCGGGGUUGACACAGUUUGCAAAGGAUGCGACGUUUGGAUAUAAAAGUUCCAACUUGAGGGAUUAUGUGCUGGAGAAAGCCCCCGGAAGGUUUGGUUCUGAGCAGUUGUGUUCUAUCACGAUUCAGGAUAUCCGAGUAGGGGGCCCGCAGGCUGUUUGUGGGAAAUUGCUCGAUGCGCCUCGUGGUGGAGUGAUCAUCGUUAAUGCUGCCGCUGAGUCUGAUAUGCAUGUCUUUGUUGCCGGGCUGCUGCUUGCCGAGUCCAAGGGCAAACACUUCCUCUAUCGAACCGGAGCGGCAUUCGUCUCUACGAGACUGGGAAUCCGCUCGCAAGCGCCCAUCACCGCAGCGCAACUGAACCUCCCCUCACCGCGUCAAACGGGUGGAUUGAUCAUUGCCGGAUCCUACGUUCCUAAAACCACAGCCCAGUUGAAAGUACUGAUCGACCGCCGUGGUGUAACGGGCGAGCUGGCAACCAUCGAGAUGAAAGUUGACGAGCUGAUUGCAUCGCCUGCGACUGCAUCACAGACUGUCCAGCGGGUUAUUCAAGAAACGGAGUCCAAUUUGCGCGCUGGAAAGGAUACACUCGUUAUGACGAGUCGGAAGCUUAUUACUGGUGGUGAUGAGCUGUCUUCUUUGAAGAUUGGGUCUGCUGUUGCUGAGGCGCUUGUUAGUGUUUUGCAAGGUGUCGAGGUGCAGCCGAGGUUUAUCAUUGCUAAGGGUGGUAUUACAUCUUCGGAUGCUGCGACUAAAGGGCUGAAUAUCAAGCGAGCUACCAUUGUUGGUCAAGCGGCACCCGGCGUACCUCUAUGGCGGUGUGACGAGGAAACCAGUCGCCAUCGCAGUGUGCCAUAUGUUGUCUUCCCUGGCAAUGUGGGUGGCGAGGAGACACUCUGUAACUUGGUAGCCGGAUGGAGCUAG